AUGCGCGAUAUCCACGAUCAAUGGGUGAAGCAAUAUCCCACGGACUUCUCGUCCAUGUCAGGCGAGUUACCAUCGAUACCGGACCUGGAACAACCAAUUCGAAUCCAUCAUGGUCCAAGUAUCGAUGACCGUUACUUGUUCCUAAGAGGACUUGGCCAUGGGCAAGAAGGCUCGACCGCGGUUUAUGUCGACGUGCACACGGGAGAUGAAGUUGUCGUAAAGUUCUUCGAGAACAGAGCUCGAAACCCGAUUCCACGAGCUAUUGCACAUCAUUUUCAGACAAUGACCAGGACAUGGCCAACAGAAGUCGAAGCAGGUUUACUUUUCGGGUCUUCGAAGAAUGAGUCGCCGUUCGUGCCGGUCCAUGAAUACUUCAUUUUACAAGAUGUGCAAAGCUGGUCCUGGGCGCUGGUCACCCCUCUGAUCGGAGCUGGUACUCUUCUGAAUCUGGCGAAGCAAGAACGCCGGCACGGAGGAAAGUCGAUCGACGAACUUGACCUUGAGUAUCGGCCAUCAUUGCUAAAGAUGCUGCGGGGACUGGAGUCUUUGCACAGCGCCGACCUGUGUCAUGACGACGUAAAGCCCGACAACAUCUUCGUCGAGUCAAAUACGCAAUGGCUCCUGGGUGAUCUCGGAAAUGUACGCGAGACAGGCCAUGCCUGGCAUAAGACAGCUUCCUGGACGAGACAGAACAAGUGGAAAGACUGCCAAAUGAACGACGUCCGCCGAGCCAUAAAGUCUUACUUGUGGUUCCUGCGCAGUGCCAUGAUGAAUGCCGAAGGGUUUGAUCGCGAGUUCUGGGUUGCCGAAAAAUCCUGGAGCAGACUCUAUUGGGACUACGUCCGAUACCCGACCAGCAUUGGUCAUCUUAUAGAUGGUGUGCACUCCAAUGCUACCGCCACAAUUGGUGCACGGCCAGUACUAGAUGACGCUUUCUCAUCGCCAGCAGAGCUGAGCCGGGAUACGGAACGAGAGCUACUCUGCACCAGCAUUCCGAGACGGCUGUGGAGAAGGUGGUGGAGGUUUCCAAGAGGUUGA